UCCGCUCGCGUAACAAACUUUUUGGAGGUUCUAUAAAGUCCGCGAGUGUAACUAACUUUUUCAGUCUCUUCACAAAGUCCCAGAGAGAGAGAAGAGAGAUUCUCUUCGACGAAGGCGAUUCGUUAACGGACUCCAUCCUCCUCCACCGUCUUCCACUUCUCUCUCCGUCGCGCUCGCUCACCGCGUCCAGAUUCACUCUCCGACUGAUCGCAAUGACAAGUGAAGGAAGUAACGGCAAGAUGAGUUCAUCGCAAACAAGAUCGCCUCUGGCGACGAUUCCUGAGAAUGUUGGCGAUGAUGUUGUUGAACGAAACUCAACCGAUGAAAACGUCUCGAGCGAAGAAGAAGCUGCUGCUGCUAGUGAUGUGAAUCCUUUGGCUAGCGAUGCUGCUCAGAUCCUCCCAAUGCUACAGAACCUCUUGCGCAACAAUGACAUCCAGAGGGAGAGGCUAACCGGAUUGGUUCAACUCUAUGCUCCAGCUGUUGAAGACACAAAUGCAAACGUGAAUGCGGAAAGUGAGCAGAUUGCAAGGGAGGCUGCUCUAGCUUCUCAGGUUCAUUUCUUGGAGCAGAGGGUGCAGGAGCUUGAAGAGGAGAUUGAGACUCAGAAGAAACUAAACGCUGAGCUAGAAGAACAGCUUAAGAGCUUGACGAACAGCAGUGAUCCAUAAAGGCAGGAUUUGACUUUGCGCUCCAUCUUGAAGGAGGCAUAUGCACCACUCUCUUUGCAUUACAUCUUUUUUUUCUCUCUCUCUUAGAAAACGUUAUGGACAGAUAAACUGCUGUGGUUGGUCCAUUGAUUGAUUGAACAGUUACGAGUUUCCUCUAGUCAUAUAAAAUGACUCCCUGUUUUGUAUAUAUAAAUAAUACUGAUACUCUAUCAGAGUUUGAAACAAA